GCCUAAAUCGUCAUUCCGAGUGCGAUAAUUGAAAACUUCGACCUAUCCCCUUUCGUUCUCCUCUAAUUAGGGUUUCAAAUUUGCAGAGAAAACUAGGGUUUGAAGAUAGUAAUUUUAGUUAAGAUGGUUGCAACAACAAGAAGGAAGUCUAAGAUUACAAAGAAAAAUGCAGCAGAAGAAUCAGAACACAUUGAAGAAGGAAAACCUUCUAUUCAGAAGUUACAAGACCUUCAAGAUGAACUUGACGAGGUCAAGGAUGAGGCAAAUGAAAAGAUAUUGAAAUUGGAGCAUAAGUAUAAAGAGAAAUGGAGGUCUGUGUAUCAUAAAAGGAAGAAGCUAAUCACUUCGAUUCCUGAUUUCUGGUUAACUGCGUUUUUGAAUCAUCCUGGACUUGGUGAUCUCAUAACUGAAGACGAUCGAAAGGUUUUCAAGUACCUAAAGUCACUGGAUGUUGAAGAAUUUAAAAACGUGAAGUCUACAUACUCGAUAACCUUUAACUUUAGCCCGAACCCGUACUUUGAAGAUGCAAACCUCUCAAAGACAUUCUCAUUCUCUGAUGAAGGGAUGGCUACCAAGAUAACUGGUACAAAAAUCAAGUGGAAGGAGGGCAUGGACAUUGCUAAUGGAGUUAAUCGUGAGAAAAAAGGGAGCAAACGUCCCUUUGUCGAAGAAAGCUUUUUUACCUGGUUCAACGAGGCCCAACAAGAAUUUCCGGAAGGGAUUCAUGAUGAGGUGGCAGAGAUAAUAAAAGGGGAUUUAUGGCCCAAUCCUCUUAAAUAUUUUAACAAUGUGUCUGAUGAAGAUGGUUCUGAGGGAGAAGAAGAAGAUGAGAAAGAUUCUGAUGGAGAGAAAAAUGGUGAUGAGGAGUUUGAGGUAGAUGGAGAUGGUGAAAAGGUGUCUGAUGAAGAUGGUUCUGAGGGAGAAGAAGAAGAUGAGAAAGAUUCUGAUGGAGAGAAAAAUGGUGAUGAGGAGUUUGAGGUAGAUGGAGAUGGUGAAAAGGUGUCUGAUGAAGAUGGUUCUGAGGGAGAAGAAGAAAAUGAGAAAGAUUCUGAUGGAGAGAAAAAGGUAGCUGGAGAUGGUGAAAAGAAUUUGGAUAAUCAUAUCAGUACCAGCUUAGACGUGGGUACUGAUUUGGUGCAAAGUCAUGAGAAUGAGCUAUCAUUAACUGUGGAUGUGGGACAUGUUUUCCAAACUGAUCUGGUGUUUGAUUCACGAGAUCAUAUCAUCCAGUGGUGUCAGGAGGUCGGUAAGCAAAAUAAGAUAGUGAUUGUGAUUAUUAAAUCUCAAAAACCAAUUGCAGGUAAAAAAGCCAGACUCACACUUGGGUGUGAGAGGGGAGGUUUUUUUCGCAACCACAAGAAGAAGUCAGAACAACUUAAGGAGAAACCACGACAGAGGAAAAGAGCAACUGGGACAAAGAAGUGUGGAUGUCCCUUUGCCUUAAAAGGAGUAUGGUCUCCAGGUGAUAAAUGGAAGCUUGAGGUUCAGUGUGGGAGACACAACCACGAGCUUGCUGUUGGGAAUUCUUAUGUUGGCAGGCUAAAGGAAGAUGAGAGACAAUUACUUAUUGAAAUGACAAAGAGUGGGCUCCGACCGAGACAAGUGCUUAAAACAAUCAAACAAACAAGGGAAGGGAACAUGUCGACUAUGAGAACUAUUUACAAUGCGAGGUCACGUUUGAGGUUAGGCGAUAUGGAAAGAAGGUCUGCGAUGCAGCAGGUUAUGAAACUCUUGUCAGAACAUCAUUAUGUGGAAUGGCAUAGGAUGGAUACAGAGACAAAUGAAGUAAAAGACAUAUUAUGGGCCCACCCUGAAUCCCUUCAAUUAGCGAAGUGCUUUCCUUCUGUUUUAUUGGUUGACUGCACAUAUAAAACAAAGCGAUACCGAAUGCCGUUAUUCGAGAUUGUAGGGGUUACAUCAACGUGCAAGACAUUCACCGUCGCGUUUGGGAUUAUGGAGGCUGAGACAGAAGCGCACUACUCAUGGGCCUUAUCUUGUCUUAGGACGAUUUAUGAUGCAGAGUCUCUGCCCUCUGUAUUUGUGACAGAGAAAGAGAGUGCACUGAUUAGGGGAAUAAGUGAUAUCUUUCCACAAGCCAGCCAACUACUUUGCACUUACCACAUUUCCAAGGAUGUGGCAUCAAAUUGCAAGAAACAUUUCCAGAACAGUGAAGAAUUGGACAUAUUUUUGAAAGAGUGGAAUGAAAUAACACAAGCGAAAACGCAUAUUGACUUCUAUGAUGGUUUUGCAGAAUUUGAACGUAAAUGGGUCAAUUAUCCUGCUUGCUUGAGAUAUCUGCGGGAAACGUGGUUAGAACAGAAAGAGCAUUUUGUAUCGUCAUGGACCAGUGAAGUUAAGCAUUUUGGAUACACAACCACAAAUAGAGCUAAGAAAGCACAUUCAGAAUUAAAACAACACCUGAGAUCAUCAAAACGUAACUAUACAUCAUGUUGGAUGGCGAUGCACAGGAUGAUAAUUGGGGAAAUAAUAGCAGUGAAGGCCUCAUUUGAGAAAACUUUGUCUACACUACAACCUUCUUAUAGUUCACCUGCAUUUAAUGAGUUAAGGGGUCUUGUUUCUCACCAUGCUCUCGAUCUAUUGGUCAUGGAGCUCUCGUGGGAUAUCGAAGUUGACAUUGAUGGUUCAGAUUGUCGAUGUGCAAUAAGUUUUACACAUGGACUGCCUUGUGUUCACAAGAUAGUCGGAUUUGCUCAAGAGGGUCGACCUAUUCCUUUGUCUGAGAUUGACCCACAUUGGAGGACACUCACGGCAAUCCCUACCACAAAGCGACACAGUGAUUCAGAUUACCUCCCUGAUUGGGAUCUUUUCAAACAGAAAUGGGAGACUUCGACCGAAGAAGAACGCCAAGGAAUGUGGAGGAAGCUAAAGCAUAUCGUCACUCCCACUUUGAUAAUGACAGAAGAGCCCAGCCCCUUUGAUUGCUUGGAGGAUCAGAUCGUGGAGCCCACCUUAGACGCCACAGAAAAAUCCAGUGAUUGCGGAUCAUUGGAAGAACAAACUACACAGAACCCUGUUGAUAGUGAUCACAUGGAAGAUCAAAUUGUUACAUCUGUAUUGACUACCGCGGAAGAACCCAGUAGUUGUGUAGCCUUGGACGUUGUUAUUCCCAAUUCGACAAAGGUGCCCGAACCCGAUGAUUGUAAACACACGGAGGAUCCAACUGUUACUCUUACCUUGUCAAUUGCGGAAGAGCCCUCUAAUCUUGUGCAUGUGGAGGAUAAAAUGAUUACUCCCACCGACAGUGACGCAAGUACUAGGUGAUGAUGAACACUUGGAGGAACAUAUUGUUACCAGCACCUUGUCAAUGCCACUGAAACCUUCUGAACGUCCGAAUCAUCCUUGUGUUCGGCUUCAAAACAACCACGACUUCGAAACUCAGGUGAUUGUGGACACGUGGAGGAAUCGUAUCUUACAAAAAAAAAAAUUGUGAUUGCGGUACACUUUUAACACAAUUUCUUAUUUAUAUAGUCGAUGGCCUUCAUGGGCAUGGGCGUGCCGCCUAUUAUUUCCUUGAUUAAAUGAUGCGCAUCUGUACAAAGAUACGAACUACUUAUUUUCGCAGGGUAGUCGAAUAAGUAAAAUUUUCAUUUUCUUUCUUCCAAA